AUGAACAGAGACCACCGCGUGGCCUUCUCUUCUCCAUGCCAAAGUGUGCUCUUGUCCACUGACACAUCAGAGUUCCCCAAAAAGGGGGAAUCCUGCGGCAAAAACGUCCCUUUGCCUCCUGUGUCCAAGUCUCCCCUUCGGUCAGCUAUGGUGGACGGUGCGCACAGCAACCUGCACAAACACGGUAGACAGCCCUGUGUCGCCAGUGAACUGGCAGGUCCUCAAGCCAGUGCUGAGUGUUGGGGUGCUGCGGCUCAAGUUCCAGAGUUUGAGCAGAAAAGAGAAAAGGUUCGUUGUUUACCUAUGUGUGGCCAUGUUGGUUUUGAGAGUUUGCCUGAUCAACUGGUCAACAGAUCCAUUAACCAAGGCUUCUGCUUUAAUGUUCUCUGUGUUGGGGAGACUGGAAUUGGAAAAUCAACGCUAAUUGAUACAUUGUUUAAUACUAAUUUUGAAGACCAGGAAUCCUCACACUUUUGUCCGCAUGUUAGACUUAAAGCUCAGACAUAUGAACUCCAGGAAUGUAAUAUUCGCUUGAAAUUGACCAUUGUAAAUACAGUAGGAUUUGGUGACCAAAUAAACAGAGAAGAGAACUACCAACCCAUAGUUGACUACAUCGAUGCACAGUUUGAGGCCUAUCUCCAAGAAGAACUGAAGAUUAAGCGUUCUCUGUUUAACUACCACGAUUCCCGCAUCCAUGUGUGCCUCUAUUUCAUCUCACCAACAGGCCACUCUCUGAAGACUCUCGAUCUCUUAACCAUGAAGAGCCUCGACAACAAGGUGAACAUUAUCCCAGUGAUCGCCAAAGCAGAUGCAAUUUCCAAAACCGAAUUGCACAAGUUUAAGACCAAGCUCAUGAGUGAAUUGGUCAGCAAUGGCAUCCAGAUAUAUCAUUUCCCCACAGAUGAUGAAACUGUUGCUAAAAUCAAUGCUUCCAUGAAUGGACAUUUGCCAUUCGCUGUUGUAGGAAGUACGGAUGAGGUCAAGGUUGGAGAUAAGAUGGCCAAAGCUCGCCAGUACCCUUGGGGAGUUGUGCAGGUGGAGAAUGAGAACCACUGUGACUUUGUGAAGCUCCGGGAAAUGCUCAUUUGCACGAACAUGGAGGACCUGCGAGAGCAGACCCAUGCCAGGCACUACGAGCUGUACAGGCGCUGCAAGCUGGAGGAGAUGGGCUUCACUGACGGGGGCCCCGAGACUACGCCCUCCAGUCUUCAAGAGACCUACAGAGCCAAAAGACAAACAAUUCGUGGGGAUCAUCAGAGGAAGGAGGAAGAGAUGAAGCAAAUGUUUCUGCAGCGGGUGAAGGAGAGAGAUGCCAUGCUGAAAGAAGCCGAAAGGGAGCUACAGGCCAAAUUCGAGCACCUCAAAAGGGUUCACCAUGAAGAGAGAAUGAAGCUCGAAGAGAAGAGAAGACUUCUGGAAGAAGAAAUCAUCUCUUUCUCUAAAAAGAAAGCGACCUCUGAAAUCUACCAGAACCAGAUCUUUACGACCACAGGCUGCAACCUGAGAAGGGCAGGGACUGUAAGAACUCCAGUUUCUCGUAAAACAGAAGGUCCAGAUCACAGAAGGUCAUCACAGGCAAAAGCUAUUAAAAUGUUAGAAGUAUGCUGUGCUUUUCUUGCUCUUGUUAUUUGCUGUGAUCACUUAUUCUGUGGGUGGCCAAUGGCCACAGUUACUGCCACUUAUGGAAAAUACUUUUAA